AUGUUGUUUACAUCACAGUCAAUCUUUUUUGCCAUUUCCGCGCUGUUUUCCACCCUCCAGGCGCAACCACAUGGCCAUAUCCACCACCAUGGCACCUCCAAACGCGCAACUGGCGUCGUGAGCGGUCGUGGAGUUGUCUACGCGGAUGGGAACUCUGGCAUGGCUGCGUUGGGUGGCAAGGUCUCUUGGUCCACCGACUGGACUCCCUGGGAAGACAACCCGACCAAUGCCGAUUUGGGCAAUUUUGCGCCUCAGGCCUGGGGUCUCAACAACGCCGAUGGAGACCCACAGAAGCAGUUUCUCACAGCUUUUCUGGACGCAAGCUCUACAUUCCCUGAAGGCGCGACUGUCCUCGGAUUCAACGAGCCAGAACAGGUCACACAGUCCUGGAUGACACCUCAAACGGCCGUCGACAACUGGGGCGGCAUCAAUGACCUGAAGGCCCAAGGCCACAAAAUCUGCACCCCCUGCCCCAGCAACGGCAACAAUAACGGCACAAGCGGCACCGGCACGGUCACCUUGCAGUACCAAUCGGGCAUCGACCAAGGCACCGCCUGGAUGUCCGAGUUCCUCGCUGCGGCCAAGGGUCAAUACACCUUCGACUGCAUCUGCGGGCACUGGUAUGGUGGCCAAGACAAUGAUUUGGCGGCUGAUCAGAGCAUGAUCGCAAGUCAAAUGGGAGAGAUGGCUGCGCUGGCCAGCGAAUACGGUAUCGAGGAGAUUGUCAUCGCAGAGAUGCAGCGCGUGAACGGGGACCAGGAGUGCGAGUUCGUAGCCUGGUUCCAGGACACAUUCUUGACCGACCCUCAGUACGCCGAGAGCGGAAACAAAAUCUCCGCCUACUCCUACAACUACGACAAGUUCACCCUGACCAGCGGGGACAGCUUGACGACCGUGGGCUCCGCAUAUAUCGGAGAGGGCUCCUGUUGA